AUGUCGACUGCGAGGCCGUUGGAGGGGAAGGUCGCUAUUGUGACUGGUGGGUCGAGGGGCAUCGGGAGGGAGAUUGCGUUGCAGUUUGCGAGGAAGGGGUGUAAAGCGAUCACGAUAACGUACCUCAAUAAUAUUGAGGCGGCGAAGAGCUGUGUCACGGAGAUAAGAAGAUUGGGAUGUGAAGCGAUUGCGAUACAGGGCGUGGAUGUGCAGGGGCAUCAGGCAUUAUAUCAAGAGCUCGCGGAUAGCAUGAUCCAGCAAACGCUCUCUGCUUUCUCCACAACCGGCAUCGACAUUUUGGUCAACAAUGCUGGCGCCGCAGCUCUAUACCCCAACGACGCCCAGGCCGCCCUCGAAUUCUACGGCAUCUUCAACCUCAACGUCCUCACACCCUACAUGCUGAUCCAAGCCGUCCUCCCCGUAAUUCGACCCGGCGGCUCCAUCAUUAACAUUACUUCGAUCUCCGCUCGAGUCGUUUUGGGUGGUCCGACGAUAAUAUACUCGGCAAGUAAGGCGGCGUUGGAGCACAUGACGAGGAACUUUGCCGUCACAUAUGGCGCGAAGAAGCAGAUCACCAUCAAUAAUGUUAGUCCAGGAGCGACGGAUACGGAUGGUUUACGGCAGGCGAGUCAGGAGAUUAUUGAUAUUGUGAAGAAUGAGUGGACUAUCGAGAAGAGAUUGGGGAGGCCGAGUGAGGUCGCAGAUGUGGUAUGCUGGCUAUGUGGAGGUGGAGGAGCAAGAUGGAUCAACGGCGAUACUAUCAACGCUAGCGGUGGGGCAAAUAAACAAUUGCACCUCGACUCAACAACAUCCAGCAUCCGACAUCACCAAAACCAAUUGACCACAGCAAGAAUGGUGUUCGAGUUCACAGGCAACCCGCCCGCCUUUGGCAGACCACCCACUUUCGCUUCUUUCACCGCGACUCCGGCUACAAACAAACUCCCACGCUCCCCGUUUGCGACAGCAUCAUUUGGAUCCUCCUUCGGCGGCGCUGCAUCACUUCCGCUGAACUCGAGUACCGUCACACCACUCGGGAUCACGACAACACACACGCAGGCCUCACGAGACGACAUACCACCCGAGGUGGAAAUCGCACAAGAUGACGAUCUUAUGAGGGCUCUCAAGCGAUGUGCCACCAAUCGCCAAGCGGUGUUCGGCAGACAUGACAUGGAUGCCGAUGCUGCUUUGAACGAGGUUCUGGAAAUGUGCGAUCUCGAUGCUGGGAGGUUGAUGGAAGCGCUUCGAGAAGCCAACUCGGAGAUUGGCAUGUUUGCCCGCGCGGUCUUCAGCACACUUCUACAGAGGCACUCUGAGCUCCAGCCUGCAGAUUCGGCUACCGAGAAGUUUGAGAAGAUUGAGAAGAUCGAGAAGAUCGAGGAGACCGUCCCACGGUGGCUCUCGGGCGAGGACCGGAAGAAGAGCAAGAUUCCCCUGCUAGUGGCGAAGAAAGCCAAGCAGGAGAACGACGAGGUCAUCAUCAGUGAAGGUCCGGUUGAAGAACUCGUACAUGCUACCACCACUCCUGGCAACGCGGCCACGAGCUCGCCAACCAAGCCCUUUCGAUUCCUCGAUCUCCCAGCUGAGAUGAGGAACAUUGUCUACCGCAAACUACUCGUCUCCAAGACUGGCUACAUCUUCCUCGCAGGCCGUCCCUUUCUCGAUGGCGACACAGUGCGACAGAUAGAAGCAAACCGUGACCUUCGCAAAGGCCUCGCCUCUGAUUGCAAGCCAGUCAUCCUCGGGACCUGCAACCAAAUCUACGAGGAGACAAAGGACAUCCUGUAUGCUGAGAACAAGAUCAUCAUGAGCUUCAAGGUGGAGAAGUCGACCAAGCCCUUCCUUCCCACUCAACGCAUCGAUCUGCCUUCGCUGGCACAGAUCAAGUCCCUGGUCUUGGUCCUCGACCUAUGCUCCUCCAGCAGUAACUCCUCUCUGUCGCACAGGUUUCUGAGCGUUCAGGACUUCGUCGCCCUGGUAUGCUGGCGGGAGCUACAGGCUAUGACUGGACUCGAGCAGCUUCGUAUUACCUGCGUCGAGCGCGGAGGCAUCGACCACAGGCAAGCUAUGCUUGUCCAGGUCAUGGAGCGCAUCCCUAGGGCAUGCCAGGUCACAUUCGGAGCGGAGACGGAAUUCGAGAAGGAAUACGUCAAGAAGGUCAUCGAGGACGCUGAUGAACCACACUACAAGUCUUACUACAACCUUGCGACUAGUUAUGAAGCGGACGUGGACAUGGUCCGGAAGUGUGGUGAGGCCGCUAUGGCUACUAAGGGUUGCAAGAACGGCGAUGAGCGAGACUACCGUUUCACAGAUCGCUCGUUCAGCAAUUUGGGGAGUCUUGCCGGGUCGCAGGCUAUCGAUCCGCGAUACGUGCUGGGUGGCGGAUCAUGA